AUUAUUUUCGAAUUUAUUCUGCAAAGUGUUUUAACAAAAAAAACUAUAAUUUAUCUAAUCUUUUAAAGGCAUAUACUUUUUUGUUAUAUUAAUAUAGCGGAAUUCCGAGAAAAACUACAUUUUUUAAUCGGCGGUUGCAGUCCCUAGCGGUCUUCGGUAUUCUCAGCUUAGAAACGUGAAAAUAAUUUCCAGGAUUUUCUCUUAGCCACUUUAGUCAUUAAAUUUUUUACCGCAAGUCUCUACAAUUAGUAGUUUCCGAGAUACAGUACUUUGUACGGUUAUUUGUCCAUCCUGUACAAUAGCGAAUGUAUCAAUUAUUUAAAGAUGUCAUACUCUUAGAAUUAGGAUACAAAGGCUAAAGUGGGCCGGAAAUGGGGUGAAAAUGUACAACUACAGAGAAGGAGACCAUGGAUCUUGUCAGUGACUCACGGAAUCUUCUGGGCCUUGGGGGUUGCAGGAGAGCAUCACCGGACAGGGGGGGUUACAGGUUAGGAGAGGAUCCAUUUUGGGCUGUAGAGCCAUAGAAGAAGAUUUUUCGAUAUUGUUAUUCUCAUAACAGUGAUUAAUACACGAUUGUUUUUGGUGCUAAUAUGACAACGACAUGUACACAUAUAUCUUUCAGAAUUAAUUAACCUUCAAUUCAAUUAACAAUGGUUGUUUAUUUUGUGUAUCAAUCGACUGGAAUUAAUUUUAUUUAUGCGGUAAUAAAUAUAUGUGUUUACAUUGCGACGUAAUAUAUAUUGUGUCCACGUUAUGCAUGUUGUUGGUGUUGUAUGCAAAUGUACAAAUUAGAUGUACCUAUUUAGAAUGCAAAAAUUCUCCGCUAUUUUAUACCACUCCUCUCAAAAUUUUCAAAUAAAUGUGUUGAAUUAAAAUAGAGACAUGUUACUACCGUGUUUGAACUGUUACAAUCUUUCUUUAAGUGCAGAGCUAAACAAAGAAGGUGACUUCUCAUGUUAAUUAACAACCUCAUAUUUAUUGAUGAGAAGAUAAAUAAUUUACUCAUAAAUCCCACCAUCUAUUUUCACGAUUCCAUAAAACACAUCUAUAUAAGCACGAGACAUUGAUGUUAGUUUUGCAAAAUGUUUUUUACUAGUCUAAUUGUUGUAACAAUCGUUGCGUUCCUUUCGCUAACAGUGUGGUGGUAUUUCAUAUUCUUUAAAUACAAAAGAUACUUGAAGCAUUUUUGUGUUAUACCGACUCAAUUCCCGCCGUUGGGAAUGACUUCUGCCGUACGAAAUACUGUUGAUCUUUAUAAUAAAAUGGAGUCAUAUGGAAAAGCAGGGGCUAAGAACGUUUUUGUCAUGAUAGGGCCAAUUCCAAGCCUUUGUACAUCAGAUCCUAAACUAAUCUCAAUUAUAUUGAAAUCUGCAAAGCAUAUCGACAAGCCAUAUUUGUUUCAAUUCGCGCUAAAAAGAUUUUUGGAAAAUUCACUACUCAUUGUAAACGGCGACGAAUGGCGUCAACAAAGAAAACUUCUAAACCCAGCUUUGGACUAUGCGAACGUAAUAGGGAACAUUACCAUUAUUAAUGAGUCAUCGGACGAUCUGGUUAAAGAGUUAAAGGAAGAAACAAAUAAUGAAUCAACCGAUGUUUCACACAUUAUGGACGAUUGGAUGUUGAAACUAACUUUCGAAUCAUUGUUGGGUGAUAGCGGAACUGAGUAUAUUAAAAAAGAAACGCAAGAAACGAUCAAGUUAUUAAUGAAGUUUACAAUCCAAAAAAUUAUUUCACCUUUAACCUAUUUUACUGCAACGUAUAUAUUCACAAGAAUGUAUUGGCAAGAAAGAAAAGCGCUAAAAACUCUUAAAUGUCGCUUGCGUGAAAUUAUUAAAAGAAAGAAAGAUGAAUUUCACAGUGGUUUAGCUAGUAAUAGAAAGCCGAUAUUUAUUGAUAUUUUGAUGAAAUUGAUGGUAACCAACAAUAUCACUGAAGAAUUUAUCGCAAACCAAAUAAAUCUGAUGAUUAGUGCUGCCUUUGAUACGACCGCAACAACUUUAGCGUUUCUGCUCUACAAUUUAUCUAGAUUCCCGGAAGUUCAACAAAAGGCAUUUGAGGAAGUUUACUCAAUUCUAGGCGAAGAUAUCGAUCAAUCAAUAACAAAUCAACAAGUUAAUGAGAUGAAAUACUUAGAUUUAGUAAUUCAAGAAUCAAUGAGAUUAACUACAACUGUCCCUGUAUUUGGACGAACACUUAAUGAAGAUGUCGAUUACGAAGGAAAUAUUCUCCCUAAAGGCUUAACGGUUUUCAUGGUUCCUUUUGUGAUGCAUAACCAUCCAGAUUUAUAUCCAGAACCUGAAAAUUUUAUUCCCGAAAGGUUCUUACCCGAAAACUUAAACCCCAACAGAUACAGUUACACUCCUUUUAAUGCCGGCAUUCGAAAUUGCAUUGGAAAGAAGUUUGCAAUACUCUCGCUUAAAAUUGCUCUCUCAAAAUUGUUGUUGAAUUAUGAGUUUGUUAAUGUUCACCAUAAGCUGUGCUUCAGUAUCGAGAUGAUGUUGCGAUCAAAAACUGGAAUCCGAGUAGGAAUACGAAAAAGGAAUUAUUGAAAAUGACGUAAAAUAAAAUAUUGUAUAAAGUUGAAUUUAUUUAUGCGAGUCACUUGUGUUUAAUUAUGGGGAUGCUCUUUACCACUCUUGCAUCGAUGCCGCGAAUAGAUCUCGUAUUGAGCGGGUGCAGAAUUCUUGUCUUCGCUUUAUCUUUGGUGUCAGAGGACAUGAGAGAAUUUCUCAUACACUCAGAUAGGUCAAUAAAUGUUAGGCACCUUUACACGUUAACAAUAUUGAAGCACCGGCUUGAACUAUUUAAGCCAGCCUUUUCCUAGUGUGUGCCUAACAUUUAUAACAAUAUCCCAUUUUCUAUAAAGCUGGAGAAUGUGCGUGGGGCUUCAGUAACAAAUUAAAGAUUGAACAGCGAA